AUGAGUUUCUUCUGUCUUUGUACCUCGUUGGCUUGUCUACUCGAUUAUAUAUUUACAUUUACGCUAUUUGCGCCAGUUCUUUAUAUUACCGAGAAAACGGAAGAUGGCUAUAUAGUGGCGAAGAAAAUUUCAAAAAAUGAAGAGGAUCAUAAGCCAUGUAUUGAAAGUUACGCCAGACUGAUCUGCUCAUCCAGAGGCCGGGCAAUUGCUCUGGCGCUUCUUGUUGUUCUGUAUUUAUCGUCAGCAGUGGGAGUAUGGAAGAUGAAAUCGACGUUCGAACCAGCCAAAGCUUUCCCAUCCGAUUCACCACUGGCCAGCUCAUUCAACGCUGUCAGGCAAAUGCUAUCCAACAACUUAAAUUUGAAAAAAAAAAAUGUUUGA